GUAGGUACCGCUUUCAUCCCAGCAACCGAGAACGAGUCCCAUCCGGCAUUAGCAUCUUGCUGGAUGUUGGUGACCACAGGUUGAAUACCCAGGCACGAUCAAGUACAGACAUGCCCAUGCAAGUUGACGCCCACAGUGGUCCGAGUGAUGGAGACUCCAGUGCACGCAGUGACAUGAGUGACACCAGCACGCUUAUGCAGCGACCAAGGUUCAAAGCUUUUCCGAAACCUGCUGCAAAAGCGCGGCCAGUCUCACCACGAGACGCUGAGAUCGCCACGUGGUUCACCAUAUAUCAGCCACUUUCGCAAGUAGGCCCUGACCAACAUCAGCCGGUGCAAGAAGUCCGAGUACAGAUCGAAAACCUGCAGGAUUUUCACACAGUGCUGCAAUGGCAGGUGAAUCGGGCCAGAGACACCUGCAUUCAGCAAGAUGCCAACCGUGCGAAACUAGCCACAUGGUACCUUGAGCCCAGCAUGCUCCCACGUAGUGACCAUCACCGUGAGGUAUUACUGUCAGGGCAUCCCAACCAAUGGCCUAGUGACAUCUUGCAACGGUGGGCGGACUUCUUACAGCCAAAUCAGCCUGUCCACCUGUAUGUAGUGCAACCAGACCCACCUGGAGGUCUACCUGACAUUGUAGCGCAUGUCCUAGUCGUCCAGAAUGCCCCAGCCCAACAGGCAGCCGCACUAGUCUCGGUGACAGAGCUCAUUGAAGAUCCAUGGCAUCCCUCAAGGUUUGCACUCUUCCUUAGCAAUCAAGUUACAUGUGAUGACCUGUUUGAACACGCCGGCAUUCCGCAGGAACAGGUUGCCACCACACCUGGUAUUGGUGCAUACCAUGGCACAAGUCACAUACCUCCAGGCAGCUCAUACCCCGUGCACCAUGGCUUUGCCUUUGAAGUGGUUACUGACUCACUUGACUUUGAAGGCGAUGAACAGGCCCUGCUCCAAAGAACCCACCAAGCGCAGGUUGUACGUGCCCCCAAAGAAGCCUUAGAGAACAUGACAACCUCCGACAGCCCGACCAGGUACAUCCAAGGAGCAGCACAAGCCAUGCAGCAGCUUACUAAUAUCAUUGCCAAGAUGGUAGCUGUACUUGCACACAACCCCACGCUCAGGUCACUGCCUCAGGAGGUCCGAGAGACUGAUGCCGCCAUGAGCCCACAGAAGCACCAGUUCAUCGUACCAGACAUCGCUGCCCUGAGCUGCACAGCACAGAUGGAGCAUGUGUCCAUUGACACAUUGCACAGAUGGCAACAUCUGGCUGCCAUGAGGCCUCAGCAAGCCAGUUUCACCACAGUGCUACUGACCACCAUCGAUAGUGCAAAUCCAGACAUGCGCAGACGACACGCCACUAUGGUCCCAAGUGUCAUUAGUCGCACAACGCUACUCGCCCUGGCUUUUCACCCACAGGACUGCCAGCACAGCUCCAACACAUGUGAUGCCUGGGUAGGAGAUGAUGCACUUGAAGAACAGGACCGCAUCCAACUGACCGAGGGUCGGUCAUGCACUGCCGCCAUCCACAGGCGCCCCAUGCCGACCACCGAUGGUCAGGACCCUUGGGGCAGGAUGGUUGCCAACCCAUGCAGGUUUCGUGUCCCGAUUUGCCUUCAAGCUGCAAUCCCGCAUAAUUCGUGCCUUGUGCCAGUUGACCUUGAUGAAACCAAGCCGCAACUUCUCUGGUUUGCAAAUGAAGCCUGGAAGCUUGCUCUUGAGCAGGAAGAGCCAUUGCCACUCCUACCCUUACCUGACGGCAUGACCAUCCCCGACCCUGCGUACUGGCCACUUCUGCAGCCACCACCCACGUCCACCAGUGAUGCCCUCAGCUACACCCUCUACCUAGAUGGUGCAGCCAAUGGUCAUGAUGCAGGCUGGAGUGUCAUUGUUGUCGCAUGCCAUCCUGAGGGUGAAUCAUUCAUUGGAUGCCUCCUUGGCACUGUUCAACUUGGAUCAGCUCACCCAAACUGGCUUGGUGCCGACACCGCAGACAACAUUGCAGCGGAGCUGACUGCAAUGGUGGUGGCCCAAAAUUUGGCCAUGAGAUGGGAAGGCAAUUACAGCUUCUGCAUACGCCCUGAUUUAUCCCUCAGCCGAACGGUAGCCACCACAGCCACCACAUGCAGGUCAAAUCAGGCACUAGCAAAGCUGUGUGGAGCCCUGGGUCUAUGGCUGGGAAACAGAGUCACCAUACAGGAAAUCCGAGGGCACAAGGGCCACGCAUGGAAUGAACUAGCAGAUGCAGUUGCAAAAUGGGCCAUGCACCAACGCUGCGACCCACAUUUGCAGCAGUUCACCCAGCUUCAUGAACUGGCCACCAACCCACACGAUGUUGACUGGGUAUGGAUGCAAACCACCCAUCCUGCCCUUGCGGCAUGUUUCCCCCCGCUCACUCAACAGCAAAUCAUGCAAUUCACCAAGCCCAGCCUCCAGCUUGGUGUUGUACCCACUGAACGCAUGCCGGUAGCACACCAAGAUGCCGCCACCGCUUGGCUUCUGGGAGCAUGUCCACCCAUCACAUGGGCACUGCUGACCAACCAUGAUGGCCCUCACUCUUGGACAGCUUUGUGUAUGGAGUCCUGUCAAUGGAUGCUACUGCAUUACGACAGCAAGCUGCCCCUGGACAGCUCCUCCACCUUCCUUGAUUGGGUCCGAUUCAUCCGCCUCGACCCAAGCUGGAAGGGCCGGCUGCGCAAGACAAGCAAGCUAGCCUUGUCCUAUCACAGAGCUCGAGCCGAGCAUGCAGUGUGGCAAAGACACUUUGAUGCCAGGCUGGCAGCUGCCGGCGCCACCAUACCGGACAAAGCCAAGCCCCAAGUGCCCGCCGAAAAAUUGCAGUGCGAUCUAUGCCACAAAAUCUUUGCAUCCACUCGUGCCUUGGCGAUGCAUGCCACCCGAGAGCAUGGAUACAAGAAGAAAGUACGCUACUUCACGGUGGGAAGCAUGUGCCACGCCUGUGGCCAAGACUUCCACACCAGAAAACGGCUUUCAGUGCACUACGAAAAGCAGCAAAAGUGCUAUGAUGUGAUCCAAUCUUGCUG